AUGUCUGGAGGUGGUGGAAUGAAUCAGUGCUAUGCCUCCUGUCCUGCGUCCACUGUGAUGAUACAGCCGUCGCCGUUCGUGCUAAACAUUCCAGGCCCAGCAAUCUACUGCCCUGACCAAGCCUUUGGCAUUGAACAAUACAAUCCUUGUGCGGGCUAUGGUGGCGGCUAUGGCGGCAUGGGAGGCAGUGGAGGAGGUGGAGGUGGCCCUUUGAGUAUUGGUGGAGGUUCGGGAGGUGGUGGAGGUUUUGGUGGUGGAAGUAUGGGUGGAGGGGGUUAUGGGGGUGGUAGAGGGCGUUUGGGGGGUGGUGGUUUGGGUGGUGGAGGAAGAGGAUUUGGUGGUGGCAGACUCGGUGGUGGUGGUGGUGGAGGAGGUAUGGGUGGCGGCAGUUUAGGUGGUGGCAGAGGAGGUAUGGGUGGUGGCGGAGGAAGUAUGGGUGGCGGCAGUUUAGGUGGUGGCGGAGGAGGUAUGGGUGGCGGCAGUUUAGGUGGUGGCGGAGGAGGUAUGGGUGGCGGGAGUUUAGGUGGUGGUGGAGGAGGUAUGGGUGGCGGCAGUUCAGGUGGUGGUGGAGGAGGUUUAGGAGGUGGCAGCAGUUCAGGAGGCCGUCGUGGCAGUGGCGGCAGCUUGAGUGGUGGUGGAUUGGGAGGUGGUUCAGGUGGUAGUCUUGGUGGAGGUGGCAUGGGUGGUGGGUCGGGAGGCGGUUUUGGUGGUGGUGGUUCUGGCAGAAGAGGCUCAGGAGGCCGUCGUGGCAGUGGUGGCAGUGGUGGCAGCUUGAGUGGUAGUGGCAAUUUGGGAGGUGGCAGUGGAAUGGGAGGUGGUUCUGGUGGUAGUCUUGGUGGAGGUGGCAUGGGUGGUGGAUCAGGAGGCAGUUUGGGUGGUGGUGGUGGUGGUUAUGGCAGAGGAGGCUCAGGGAGUGGCUUAGGAGGUGGUUUCAGUGGUGGUAGUUUGGGAGGUGGUGGAAGUAGAUAUGGUGGUGGCGGAUCCAGGGGUGGCGGAUAUGGUAGUGGUGGUUAUGGGGGAGGCGGAUAUGGUAGUGGUGGAUCCGGGGGUGGCGGAUAUGGUAGUGGCGGGUAUGGCAGCUAUGGAUAUGGUAGUGGCGGAUACGGGGGAGGCGGAUAUGGUAGUGGCGGAUAUGGGGGUGGCGGAUAUGGAAGUGGCGGGUAUGGCAGCUAUGGAUAUGGUAGUGGCGGAUCUGGGGGUGGCGGAUAUGGUAGUGGCGGAUCUGGGGGUGGCAGAUAUGGAAGUGGCGGGUAUGGCAACUGUGGAUAUGGAGGUGGCAGUUAUGGUGGUGGCGGAUACAGUAGUGGCAGGACAGUCAGAUACUCCAGUGGCGGUAGUAGCAGAUAUGGUCGCCGAAGUUACUAUGGUGGAGGCGCAACCAGCUUUGAUACUCAACUUGCAUUGCUGCCAAGUGCUUCGUCUGCUGCCUACUACUACUAUUGA